AUGGCGAUUGCAGCGGAGAGAGGAUACGUUGUGGAAACAAUGGACGUGGUAACUGCAUUUCGUCAAAGCAACGUGGAAGAAGACGUGUACGUUCGUCAAGCCAAAGGAUACGAAACAACGGAUGAAGUUACGGGACUACCACUGGUGAUGAAGCUCAAGAAGAGCUUAAACGGACUGAAGCAGAGCCCUCGGAACUUCGACAACGCAUUUGAUAAAGGGAUUAAAGAAAUCGGGUUUACUGCUCUACUGAGUGACCCGUGCUACGUGGACGACUGCACACUAGCCGGAAGGACACCAAGUGUUGGACAAGACCUGAAGGAGCAAUUAUCGGACAAGUUCAAGAUGACCGAUGGAGGACCGGCGGAACUACUACUAGGGAUGGAGAUUUCUCAACGUGACGGAGAAAUCACUGUGAGCCAANUAGGAAUGGAGAUUUCUCAGAGCGACGGAGAAAUCAUUGUGAGCCAACACAAAUACGUGAUGAAUAUUCUGGACAAGUACCAGAUGGUGGAUUGCAAACCAGCAGCAACUCCAGGGAGCGGACCGGAAAUCGAACAAGAGCCGGAGAACGCUAUAUGUUUAAACGAAGAGGACAUGAAACUCUACCAAGGAAUUGUCGGAAGUCUACUCUUCCUGACUAACACAACGAGAUGGGAGAUUGGAUAUGCCGUGAUGGUCCUGUGCAGAGGGAUGAACAAGCCUACUAAUCAACAUAUGGUCGGAGCAAAGAGAGUGCUGAGAUACCUUCGAGGAUGCCCGGAUAUGCCACUGAAGUUCAGGAGAGGACAAUGGGACCUGAAGUGCUACUGUGACGCGAGCUUCGCUGGAUCGAGCGAGAGACUUCAGAAGCGUUCUUCUACUGGAUACAUCUUCAUACUGGCGGGAGGCGUCGUCAGUGCAGCAUCAACUUUGCAGAAGCUAACAGCUCAGUCAAGCGUACAUGCGGAGAUCAUUGCAAUGGCUGCAGCAGCUAGGGAAGCCAUCUUUCUGCAAGGUGUAGAUCUACUAUCGGAGCUUGGAUUUCCAUGUGGAAAUAUUCCGAUUCAUUCGGAUUCUACGGGAGCUAUGAGCACAGCAGGAAACUCCAUGUUUCGAGGCCGCAGCAAGUUCAUCAGCACGAGAUACUGGCUACUUCGACAGAAUGUCAACAAGGGAAAUAUUGUACUGAAGUUCGUGAGGACUGGAAAGACACCGAGCGUGGUUCAAGAUUUGAAGAAACAACUAUCGGACAAAUUCAAGAUGACGGACGGCGGACCAGCGGAACUACUAUUAGGAAUGGAGAUUUCUCAGAGCGACGGAGAAAUCAUUGUGAGCCAACACAAAUACGUGAUGAAUAUUCUGGACAAGUACCAGAUGGUGGAUUGCAAACCAGCAGCAACUCCAGGGAGCGGACCGGAGAUCGAACAAGAGCCGGAGAACGCUAUAUAUUUAAGCGAAGAGGACAAGAAACUCUACCAAGGAAUUGUCGGAAGUCUACUCUUCCUGACUAACACAACGAGAUGGGAGAUUGGAUAUGCCGUGAUGGUCCUGUGCAGAGGGAUGAACAAGCCUACUAAUCAACAUAUGGUCGGAGCAAAGAGAGUGCUGAGAUACCUUCGAGGAUGCCCGGAUAUGCCACUGAAGUUCAGGAGAGGACAAUGGGACCUGAAGUGCUACUGUGACGCGAGCUUCGCUGGAUCGAGCGAGAGACUUCAGAAGCGUUCUUCUACUGGAUACAUCUUCAUACUGGCGGGAGGCGUCGUCAGUGCAGCAUCAACUUUGCAGAAGCUAACAGCUCAGUCAAGCGUACAUGCGGAGAUCAUUGCAAUGGCUACAGCAGCUAGGGAAGCCAUCUAUCUGCAAGGUGUACUGUCGGAGCUUGGAUUUCCAUGUGGAAAUAUUCCGAUUCAUUCGGAUUCUACGGGAGCUAUGAGCACAGCAGGAAACUCCAUGUUUCGAGGCCGUAGCAAGUUCAUCAGCACGAGAUACUGGCUACUUCGACAGAAUGUCAACAAGGGAAAUAUUGUACUGAAGUUCGUGAGGAGUGAGGAGCAGCUUGCGGACAUAUUGACCAAGCAUCUGGAACGUGUCCAAUUCGUCAAACUGCGGACAUUGGUUCAAGAACAUGGAGGAUCUCCGAACUAGGAGAUCAAAUGCGGAGGAACUACAGNUCUAGCGAGGAGCUCAUGGAAUGAAUUGAUGGUUGAGCAGAGGAUUGUAUUGUAGCGAGAUCACGAGGUGUUGCGAGCCCCAUCGGGCUCACUCCCAACUAUCCCUCAACAUCUCAACUCUGCAAGCUUGCUAAAGAAGAAGAAAGUACAAGUCCCAGAAGCGGCACUUAGCAACAACAUCGACUACGGUCAUUGCCUCAACAGACUGCGGUCUGCACAUUGCACAGACAACUGUCUGGAACUGCACAAAGGCUUCAUAGCCUGCAGACUGCACGAAGGCUUAACCGCCUGCAGACACGACCCUGGGUACAGGGCACCUCGACACGACACAUUUCUACACCCAACAACNAAGAAGAAGAAAGUACAAGUCCCAGAAGCGGCACUUAGCAACAACAUCGAUUACGGUCAUUGCCUCAACAGACUGCGGUCUGCACAUUGCACAGACAACUGUCUGGAACUGCACAAAGGCUUCAUAGCCUGCAGACUGCACGAAGGCUUAACCGCCUGCAGACACGACCCUGGGUACAGGGCACCUCGACACGACACAUUUCUACAUAUAAAUACAGACAAGAGAAAGAUUAGUUGGGUCACUUCAUAAGAAAGAAAUAACAACGAACCUACGUCCGCAGCGAACUCCACGAAUUUAUCUGUACGUUGUAUUGUUCUAUGGUUCAACGUGCAGCAGGCGCAACCACGGAGAGCAGACGACGUGCGUUUUCGAAACUGCUGUAUUAGGGUACCUGUGAUGACCGAGCAACAAGGUGUUCGUUGUUGUUCCACACACCACUGCGCUGUGAGUGCUGGAAAGAACAGCCUCCACCGCUAUCUGCUGUUUAUAACGUAAACAUGCCACUUUCUGUUUAUCUAUGCAGAGACUACGAGCAAAGAAAUAAUUGCCACAUUAUUUCUACAUAGAUAGGAGGAACGAUUGGCCAAUCGUUUCGCAGUGUGAUGAAAAACCGUUCCGAUCUCUGCUCAAUACCUUCUGUCGUCCGCACCAACCCACCCGAUGCGGACGCCUUCCUUCCGUGGUCACAGGUUUAACGGAAUACCCUAGAAAGGUGUGGAUAAAAUGAAGAAAAACAACGAAACGAAAAGGACCGAGGCAGGACUCACAGAGAAGUUACACAACGAACGCAGACCUUUUUUCAAUUCUAGAAGGAACUCCCCCGUUCAUGGCCGAAGCACCACUCACUACUGGCAAGACGCUGAAGUUUUUCUACUGAUUUGGAUUCCUCCACUCCUAGCGGCAUCACUAUGUUCAGUUUGGGGUGUUUUGAAACGUCCGCUACUUGCUCCCUCGGCGCUACCGCUCCGCUCUGCACAUACUUUUCCACUUGUUCGUGAGGUGGAUUAUGCCAUCCUUACGAAGGCUACUACUGCGGUAGUACUCAUUCAUGUUUGUGUGGUUUUGAGCUUUUUUUGUCAGUGCGAAAGUACGUGGCCGCCCAUCGGUCAGUUGGAUCUUCGGGGUAUCUCCGGUAGUAGUGGUAUCUGUGGCAAGUUGUCACGCGUUCCGUGCUGGCAUGUGUUUCGAGUUCCGAAUGUGUCUUGCGAAUGUUGCUCGCGUGCCUCGGUGAUUGCGAUGCACCCUGGUGCCCACUCUCGUCCGUUGCUCGUGUCUACGAGGACGACCAAUAA